AUGUUGGUCCUUCCAAAGAUUGAAGUCAAGGAUAUAUUCCUGGUCUUUUAUAUAUUACUUGUAAUACCCAAGCUCAUUGUCUUCCUGCUUGGAUUAAAGAAGGUCAAGGUCAUGUCCGUUCGCGAGCUAUUCCCUUUCUUCAAAUGGGGAUUCAACAUUAGACGAUCAAACUUCUUGGUACCUAUACUGAGUAACAAUAUAAUAGUGACUGGUGAGGAAGCCGUCAGCUUCGAGAAGCCCCUGCCAGAGCCAUUGGACAUUGCUUCGUUGAAGUUAUGCCAGAACCAAAAGUUGCAACUGGAGCAAAAGCUGCAACAGCAGCAGCAACAUCAAGCUUCAAUGUGUGAGCGCGAGUUGAACUUGGAGGAGUUGAUUCAGCGCAAGGAGGCCUCUCUUCAGGAGGCCAUUGUCUCACAGCCUGUUGAGCAAAAGCAUCAGGCUGCCACCAUCGCCCCCGCACCUGCCAACACCAUCGCAGAGUCCCAAUCAGAACAAUCAGAGCAGGCUGGCACGCCCAAUAGGAAUCUGUUGGCUUCACCUAUUGUCGCGCCGGCUCCAGCCCCCGCCACACCCGUGCCCUCGCAUUCAAUCUCAUCAAUGGACGGCAAGCCACUGUUGUCCAGUCUCUCGAACGAGGAGAUAUUAGCCAAGACAGAGUGUGGCGACAUUCCAUUAUACAAGCUUGAGGUCGAGCUGGGCGACUGCAGCCGUGCCGUCGAGAUCCGACGUAUGGCGCUCGAGAAGAAGCUGGACAAAACGAUCGAGGAGAUCCCACAUCUGUCGUACGACUUUGCCAAGGUGCUGGGCGCCUGCUGCGAGAACGUCAUUGGCUACGUGCCCAUCCCCGUCGGCACUGCCGGCCCACUGCUGCUCAACAACGAGGAGGUGACCAUCCCAAUGGCCACCACCGAGGGCUGCCUCGUGGCCAGCACACACCGUGGCUGUCGUGCCAUUUCAGAGUCGGGCGGCGCUCGCGCCGUCAUCCUCUCGCGUGGUAUGACGCGUGCACCAGUCGUGCGCUUCCCAUCGAUUGACCACAUGACCGACUUCACCAUGUGGCUCAAGGAACCACAGAACUACGAGAUCGUCAAGAAGGAGUUUGACAGCACCAGUCGCUUUGCCCGACUCACUGGCCUCAAGAUUACCGUUGCCGGUCGAUCAGUGCAUCUGCGCUUCAAGUGUGACACUGGUGACGCCAUGGGCAUGAACAUGGUGACCAAAGGUGUCGAGGCUGCUCUCAACAUGCUCAAGAUUCGCUUUAACCUGAUGGAGAUUAUAAGUCUCUCAGGAAACAUGUGUACAGACAAGAAACCAUCAUCAAUGAAUUGGAUCGAUGGUAGAGGAAGAACGGUGGUCGCAGAGGCAGUGAUCAGUGGCGACAUUAUAAAGAGGGUGCUAAAGACGAGCGUGAGCGCAUUGGUCGACCUCAACAUAUCAAAGAACUUGGUGGGCUCGGCCAUGACCGGCUCGAUCGGAGGCUUCAACGCACAUGCCUCCAACAUUGUCACAGCGGUCUUUUUGGCCACAGGCCAGGACUGCGCGCAGAACGUCGAGUCGUCCAACUGUAUCACCUUGAUGGAGUCCUGCAACGAUGGCCAGGAUCUGUACAUCACCGUCACGAUGCCCUCGAUCGAGGUGGGCACCGUGGGUGGCGGCACCUUCCUGCCGGCACAGUCUGCCUGUCUGAACAUCAUUGGCGUCAAGGGAUCCAAGCCCGGCAAGCCAGGCCACAACGCCGACCAACUGGCCAAAACAGUGUGUGCUGCCGUCAUGGCUGGCGAGCUGAGUCUAAUGUCCGCCCUGUCGGCAGGACACUUGAUGAAGUCUCACCUACAGUUGAACCGAAAGACCAGCUCCAUCUGUCUGACAGGACAGAAGUAG